AUGGCAGCCAGACCACUUAACUGCAACAUCCGAAACCCCGUCUCCUUACGGGUUGGGGAGCACAAGGCUGAUUUUCAUUCAGGAUGUAAAAUUAUAGACUGUUCAUUUCCUAACAUUCUGCAUCCUGAGGUUGGGGAAAUACAUUUUAAGAACUUCUAUACUGCUCUGCUGACUGUAAGGGUCAAGUUUAGAAGUAAAGAACAUGGUUCUGAAGUUGGAGACAUGAAGUGGCAGAAAUGUAUAGAUAGGAUGAAGCUAAUGCCGGAUCCCCACUGUGAGACUGGAUCACAGGAUUACUUUGUCAUCAGUAGAAAACAGUUCCCCUUUGACCUGGUGAAUGUUGCUGCAAUCCGGCUUAUCCUACAACAACCAUCCCCUGUCUGGAAGGAUUUCCGCAUUGAGGAACUGAAGAUUUACAAAACAUCUAAAGACGACAGCAAAUCAGCACCUCUACCAGCUUGGCUCACCGAUAAUGAACUGAAUAAAAAAGAAAAGGCAGUGGAGAGAGUUCCAAAUAUUUCAGAGCUUUCCUCCUGUCUUCAAGAGCUGUGGAGUUUGUCAGAGCAGGCUGCUUCUCAGCAAACAACAGCUGCACUCGGUAGAUAUGAUGUGGAUGGCUGCUACGAGAUUAACCUUUUAUCUUACACGUGACAGCACUACAUCAGCUUGCCACUUUUACGAGUCAUUGUUGUAUGUGUGCUACAACUGAUCGUACUAAGCGCUCAUAUGAACUUUUAUGAGUUAUAAAGAAAAUCAUGUGCACUUGACAAAUUUAUUUUUACCACAAAGUAAGGAUAAUUUAAAAUGAACUUAGUGAUUAUUUUCAAGGUAUUUACCACCUUGCAAAUUCAGUAUCCUGCUAAUAUCAUGGAGAUACCAUAUCAUUUUUGAGAACUGCAUAAAACACCGAUUAAACAGAUAAAAGAUACCAGAUCCUUUAGUAAUUAAAUGGAUGCUCCACUUGCACUGCUGCCCCAAGACUAUACCAUUUAUAAUUCAUCAAUUGUGUCAUAUUAUCAAACAAUAGACCGUCACAUAAUUUAUAAACAGGAUAGAACCUUCUGUGGGCAAUACAUCAGGAGCUGUAAAUAAGGUUUGUAAGUUAGGAUGAUGCUCAUUGGUCAAAACAGAGCAUCACCCUAUAUUGCGUCAAUUCUUGUCCAAUGAGGUUGCAUGCUUGAAUCCAACUUGAAGCAGAUGUAAUGGUACUUGGAUGAGAGUACUGAUUUCCUCUAAGUUUUGCCCAUCAUAUAUUAGAAAUAUUCUUAGUUAAACCCAAGUGAAAUAAAUAAAUGAUGAAAAAUGCUCAAGUGAGGCAUCAUCUCAUAUUCACUGUGAUGUUCAGUAAACAUAGAAAUGUAAUUAUUCCUUUUGGAGAAGUUUUUGUAUUUAUUACAAGCAUGAAAAGUCCAUCCAAGUGUAAUCAUGCACUUUUAACUGUUGUAAAUAUCCCCAGAUGUAUUGUUAGGAUGGUUUUACAUCCACAUCUACUCUCUGAUGUUUAUUUAUUGAAAUAAUGAUGUCAGUAAAACAUGUACAGAGGCUUUAUUCAUUUCUUCUCUCAAGUGUCCAUGGGCUGCUCCAUUGAUA